GUAAAGCAGAAACUUAUGAGAGUGAAAGAGAUAAAUACAUCUUUCUAUCUCUUUCACUCUCAUUAAUUUCUACUGUAACGCCGACAUUUUCUGCCCUCAUGGAACUGUACCUUCAUAGUAGAGUGCCGUACUCAUAAUUAGCACCCCUGCCCUGUAACCUCGACAGUUAACAAGAUCUCUCUUAUGUUGUUUUGGUGCAAAAAUAACCAUUUUGCUACAUAUUUGUCCCAAAUAUAUGAGUUUAUUGUCACUUUCGUCAUAGAAAUAUUUUGUUGAUCAACAUUUAUGUCAAAAUGUCUUCAGUGAAAGUCGAUUGGGGUAAAUAUGCGGAAGAGCAAGAGAAGUUAGCUUCGCAGGUAACAGCUUUAAGCAUAGAAAGGGAAAUUGCAACGAACAAUGUAGCUGAUUCCAAAAGAGAUAACGGUGCAGAAGAGCAAAUUUCGCCAGCAGAAAAAUCUCUUUUACAAAAGAUCAUUCGCAAAGGUCUUGUUGAAACGACAAAAGACAUCGAGGUUCAAAGGAAGGAUCCAUCAUCUCCUUUAUACAGUAUCAAAUCAUUUGAAGCCCUUCACUUGAAAGCUGAACUUUUGCGAGGUGUGUAUGCUAUGGGCUUCAAUGCACCUUCGAAAAUCCAGGAGACUGCACUUCCGACGCUUCUUGCCGAUCCACCUCAAAAUAUGAUAGCUCAAUCUCAGUCUGGAACUGGUAAAACGGCAGCAUUUGUUUUAGCCAUGCUCAGUAGAGUAGACAGUUCGAAGCCUUAUCCUCAAGUUUUAUGUUUAUCUCCCACUUAUGAACUAGCAGUUCAAACUGGUGAAGUUGCUUCUAAGAUGUCACAGUUUUGCCCUGAAAUAAACAUGAAAUACGCAGUCAGAGGAGAAGAAAUACAGCGAGGGACAAAAAUCGAGGAUCACAUUAUAAUAGGGACACCAGGAAAAGUUCUGGAUUGGGCAAUUAAAUUUAAAUUUUUUGAUCUGAACAAAAUCAUUGUUUUUGUUUUGGACGAAGCAGACGUCAUGAUUGCUACACAAGGACAUCAAGAUCAAUGUAUACGUAUUCACAAGUCCCUUCCACGAACAUGCCAGAUGAUGUUUUUCUCAGCCACCUACGAAGCAGCAGUAAUGGAGUUUGCCGAAAUUAUAGUCCCUAAUCCUUUGAUAAUUCGAUUAUUGAGAGAAGAGGAAAGCCUUGAUAACAUUAAACAAUACUACGUCAGAUGUAAAAAUAUAGAUGAAAAAUAUACAGCUAUUACAAAUAUUUACGGUGUAAUAACAAUUGGGCAAGCUAUCAUCUUCUGCCAUACCAGGAAGACAGCAAGCUGGCUAGCAGAUAAUAUGACAAAAGACGGACAUGCAGUGGCCAUACUGUCUGGGGAUUUGACGGUUCAACAAAGGAUUGAGGUUUUGGAUAGAUUCAGAAAUGGUCUUGAAAAAGUUCUGAUUACGACAAAUGUUCUGGCAAGAGGUAUUGACGUCGAACAAGUGACAAUCGUUGUGAAUUUUGAUUUACCCAUGGAUCAGAAUCGAAAAGCAGAUUGUGAAACUUAUUUGCACCGAAUAGGAAGGACAGGAAGGUUUGGAAAGUCUGGCAUAGCCAUAAAUUUAGUAGAUAGUGAACAGUCUAUGCAAUUGUGCAAAACCAUAGAAGAGCAUUUUGGUAAAAAAAUUCAUUACUUGGACGCUGAGGAUGCCGAUGAAAUUGAAAAAAUUGGUGCAUAAUACUUUGUUUAAGUUAAAAACAUUUGUAUACGUAA